UCAUGAGCCUAAAAGCCUACAUGAACAUGGUUCUAUUUUAUAAUUUGCGACCAAGCUGAAAAAGAAAAGAAAAAAGAAAAAGAAAAAAGAAGAAGACAAAAGCCUCUUUCAUAAUAAUAACAAUUGGGUCUUGUUUUUCUGCAGCUCGGUCUAACUGUGGACUUAAAAGUCCACCCGAGGAGGAAGGGCUAAUGGAUUCUGUUUCAACAGUUUGAGCAAUAAAUUGGGUCUUGUUCGUUUCUAACUAAAGGCUCACUGCUCCUGCCAUUCUUGUUCUUGCCUUGCUCCUUUUCUUUUCUUCCUUGUUAUUGUUGAACUUAACUGUAAUAAUACAAAACAGAAGAGAGAUCACUUCAACCAAACUGAUUAUUUUGGUCUGUAUAACUAUAAGGCCAAUGUCGUCAUCUGGGUCCUCAUCAACAUCGACCAAGUCAUGGAUUGUGCAUAGUAUUGUGGCCGGAGCUGCUAUUGCUGUGGGUGUUGGUGCUGGAGCUUAUUUGGGUCGAUUUAGAAAGUUCCGACGCCGAGUUAUAGGAAUCAUACCUGCUCGAUUCGAUUCCUCUCGGUUUCAGGGCAAGCCCCUUGUCCAUAUCUUAGGGAAACCCAUGAUCCAGAGAACUUGGGAAAGAGCGAAACUGGCAACUACUUUGGAUCACAUAAUUGUGGCAACAGAUAAUGAAAAGAUCGCAGAAUGCUGUCGUGGAUUUGGGGCAGAUGUCAUAAUGACUUCAGAAUCUUGUCGAAAUGGUACAGAACGGUGCAAUGAAGCUCUUGGAAAACUAGAAAAGAAAUAUGAUGUCGUCGUCAAUAUUCAAGGAGAUGAGCCUCUCAUUGAACCUGUGAUAAUAGAUGGAAUUGUUAAAGCACUGCAGGCAGCACCAAAUGCAGUUUUUAGCACUGCUGUGACAUCCUUAAAGCCUGAAGAUGCAUUUGAUCCCAACCGAGUGAAAUGUGUGGUGGAUAAUCAAGGUUAUGCAAUCUAUUUUUCAAGGGGACUCGUUCCUUAUAACAAGUCAGGGAAAGUCAAUGCACAGUUUCCAUAUCUGCUUCAUCUAGGAAUUCAGAGUUAUGAUGCGAAGUUUUUAAAGAUAUACUCCGAGCUUCAGCCUACUCCACUACAACUAGAAGAGGAUCUAGAACAGCUCAAAGUCCUUGAGAAUGGGUAUAAAAUGAAGGUAAUAAAGGUGGACCAUGAGGCACAUGGCGUUGACACUCCAGAGGACAUUGAGAAGAUUGAAAGACUGAUGCGUGAAAGAAAUGUGUUAUAAUUUUAUUACUACUUUGGAGACAAUUAGCUGCCUGAUCAAAGCGAUUUCAAACUGUGGUGCAAAUCCUCAUUAAUUGUUGCCUGAUUGCCUAAUGAUUCCGGGUUAAUAUUGGCUUUAGAAACUACCAAUCCUACUGAAGACUAUUUGUAUUUAUUUAUUUAUUUAGAUUUUUGGUGCAAGAUAUUUAACUCUUUAUCGUACCCACAAAAUCUGUUUUGCAGGAAAGACAUAUAUGAAUGUGACCACAACAUGCCUAAAUUGAAAAAUAAAAAUUCAUGAUCACCUAUUA